AUGAGAUGGGAUACAUUAGCAGACGUGCACCGCGUCUCUGAGAAUCACUGCCUGCGAGCCGCCAACGACAAAAUGUUGGAUCUCGCGACGGCUCUCGUGCGGCUUUUGCCCCUGGCUGGCUUUGCCGUUGCCGCCCCCUCGUCGUGGAGCCCUUUUCGGAGACAGGCAUCAGGGGACCAAGCCUGUGCGCAGAUUGCGCAAGCUUACGACGAGGCUCGGGCAGAUAGAACAACAGGUGUAGCUAGGGUGAAGCCAUCGCUGGCAUACCAGUGUCUUCGCUCAAUCCCGGUCGAUGUCGAUAGGGACGUCGCAUUCGUCAAGUACAUUCGACCAUGGCUUGAGUUCCAGAGCACAGUUGGCAUCCUGCCCAACCCGCCCGAAGAGUACCUUUACCCUGGCGUGGACAUUUUCGGUGGUCUCAACAACAUCACCCAGUCGCUCCAGAAUGGCGGAUACGCAUCCCAGAUCGACUUUGGCGUUGACCUGUACCGGCUCAUUAAUGUCAAGCCUCGGGACGGACACCUCGGGUACACACCUCGCGUUGUCACACUGAUCCGCUUUGAAACCCCGGAAAUCUUCAUUUCAAUCUCAGAGGACGGCUUGAAGGCGCCCAAAGUCUACUUGUACAGGGACUACCGACUCAGCAAGCAGCAAGGCUACACUCCGUCAGAGGUUGCCAAAUUCGACAACGUCGCAAUCACCGACUAUAUCCAGCAGCGAUCAGUCGACAACUCCAGGAACCAAGACCCCGACGCGGCGUAUAACGAGCAGCUCUUCAGUGCCGUCAUGAAUAACAUUGGCGAGACGGGGGGUGCUGGACGACACAUCCACACGACACUGCCCGACCAGAGUGUCAUCGAGUUCGCCAACGGCACGCGCACGAUAAUCACCAACAUCGCCUAUGUCACCUCCAACUUCUCCGGUAUCAGGACCGGCGAGGACGUCCACCGUCGAUUCGAGGUUCCUGGGCGCGACGGAGAGGCAGAGGUACCGGUGAACACCACGAGAGCCACCUUCAUCCCGGCCCUGGAAGGAUACCCGGAACCCUUUGUGAUUCAUCGAGAUAGAUACCAGAGCGGCUACUUCAUGAACGGGUCCGAAUACAGUGACGUUGCCGUCAUUGCGGUCAACAGUUUCGUGACGCAAAACCAAGCCAGACGCAGCCUUGCCGGAGACCCUCUGGAGUUCAUCCGCGUUACCAGCACAUUCGUCGAAAGGAGCAGGAGACAGAGAAGAUCGAAGCUCAUCAUUGACCUCCAGGGCAACGGCGGAGGCCUCGUCGUCAAUGUGAUGACGCUGUACGCGACGCUCUUCCCUGAGGGCGGAGACAAGGCGCACAUGAACAUGCGCGUUCGCGCGCACGCAGCCUUGAACUGGGUCGGCACGACGGCGGAGAAGCUCGGUGUCGACCUGCAGGACCUCCCGUACCCCGUCGGCUUCAACGGUUUCGUCGAUGUGAAUUUCCGAAACUUCACCACUUGGGAAAGCUUCUACGGCCCCAAAACGCUCGACGGGGAGGAAUACUCCAACAUCGUCCAGCCUUUGGAGAUUUCCUACGCGGCCGACGGCGUCCCCGGCGAGUUCGACAUCCCCGAACCGUGGUUCAAGCCCGAAGACACAAUCAUCGUCACGGACGGCUACUGCGCCUCCGCGUGCGCCUACGCGGUCGGCAUGAUGACGCGCGAGCUGGGCAUCCAGGUCGUUGCGGUAGGUGGCCGGCCCCUCGAGGCUCCCAUGCAGGCCAUCGGCGGCACCAAGGGCGGCCCCGUCCUCUCGCUCUCCCCUUACCAGAGGUUGUACCCGGCGCUGAGCGCCUUUGCUACGCCGCCUGACAAUAUCGAUUUGACGCCCUUUGAGAAUCCCAAUCCGCCCCUAGCGGGUCCCCCUACCAGUUCGUGGGCCAUCAACUCGGCCAACAUCUACCUCGACGACGACCUCGAAGGCACACCGGUGCAGUUCCGGUACGAAGCGGCGCACUGCAAGGUGUACUACACCUGGGACACGUUGACGGACCUGAGGAGGCUGUGGGAGACGGUGGCCAACGUCAAGUGGAACGGAGGCAAGUGCGUAAAGGGUUCGACGACGAACGACGACGGGACGAUUGGCAAGUCGGCGCCGGGCUACUCGGACAAGGUUGUGUCCAACUUCAAAUGGAGUCCUGGUCCCGGUGAUGUGGUUGAAGGGGCGAAUCGCGGGACUGGGGGCGGUAAUGGCACGGGCAAUGGUGGUGAUGGUAAUCAAGACAAAGGGAACGCCGCGAGUUCAGCAAAGGCAAGCUGGAGUGUAAUGUCGAUAGUGACAGCAGCGACGAUUCUGGUCUUCGUCAUGUAA